AUGGAAUAUCCGUUCUGGUUCGGCGGGAGUGCAAGCUCCAUGGCGACAUUGUUCACGCAUCCCUUGGAUCUUGUCAAGGUGCGCUUACAAGCAACCCCAAGCGCGCAACAAGCGUGUACGUCUGGUACAAUGCAUCGCAUUCUACUCACCGAGGGGUUCACUGGUCUUUACUCGGGUCUCAGUGCGGCGCUACUUCGUCAAAUGACAUACUCAACCGUUCGAUUUGGAGUGUAUGAGGAUUUGAAGAUCCGAUUGAGAGCCGGUAGACCGACCGAGAAGGGCCCGGGUUCCAUGCUGAUCCCUCUUUCUGCGCUCUCAGGCUUCAUCGCCGGUGUUGUUGGUAAUCCAGCCGAUAUUGUAAAUGUGAGGAUGCAAUCAGACAAAGCUGGGCUUCUCCGGGGUCAGACAAGAUAUAGACACGUCUUCGAUGGCUUGGUGCAAAUAAUAAGGAAAGAAGGCCCCCUCAGCGGCCUUUUCCGAGGCGUUGGUGCCAAUGCAACACGGGCAGCUCUGAUGAAUGCAUCGCAACUAGCGUCCUAUGACAUAUGCAAAUCGUACUUCCUCCGCAACUUUAGCAUGGGAGAUAGUACGGCAAAUCACCUGGUCUCUUCAGCUGUGGCGGGCAUGGUCGCAACAACAAUAUGCUCUCCCGUGGACGUGGUGAAAACGCGCAUUAUGAGCUCGUCGGGUCCGCAGGGGGCUUGGAAUGUUUUGCGGGCCUCUACGUUGAGAGAAGGGCCUGCUUGGAUAUUCAAAGGAUGGUUUCCAAGUUUCAUGCGUUUAGGGCCACAAACUGUUCUGACGAUGAUGUUUUUUGAGCAGCAUAAGAGUAUGUACUCGAGGUUUCACUGUAAUUUAGCCAGCAAGACGCCCUCACUAUGA